UUUAGGCGCUGGCACCUACGCCGCACGUUCUCAGUAUUCUCACAUCAGUCUUACAACUCCGAAUCUAACAAGGCUCUCACCUAGAACGACAGAUCUAAGAUUCUAGUGCAAAAACACAUAAACAUCUAACCACAACUCCGCCAAUCGACCAGGGCUUCGCCGAACAUGCCUCUAGGAGGCGUAGGUCUAUCGACGAUAUGGACGCAGUUCAGCCCACCUAAGGAUAGUGCUCCUAUCACGGAAAAGAACAUCGCAUCACAGAUGGGCAAAGUCUUCAUAGUCACGGGAGGGAGCAGCGGUAUUGGUUUCGAGCUCUCCAGAAUCCUAUAUGCCGCAGGCGCAAAGGUCUACAUCCUUUCUCGCACGAAGUCGAAUAUCGAAACGGCAGUCAAGCGGAUAGAAGAAACGUGCAUCGGGAGCUCUAAAGAUAAUCCUGGUUCUUUGCACUUCAUUUAUAUGGAUCUUGAAGAUCUUGAAAGCGUGCAACAUGCAGCAACAAUCUUCAGGGAAAAGGAAACAAGGCUCGACGUGCUAUACUGUAACGCAGGGCUUGCAGUCGUCCCCGGGAACCCAAAGACAAAGCAAGGCCUUGAACUGCAUAUUGGUGUCAACAACAUAGCUCAUGUCCUACUCGAAAGACUGUUACUACCAGUUCUCACCACUACCGCAAAAAUGGCCCCAAAAGAUAGUGUACGGGUGGUUUGGGCCUCAACUAUCCUUCUUGAGCUCGGCGCUCCAAAAGGCGGUAUUCCUAUCUCUCAGUUAGAUAGCCCAGGCAAGAACACAAACCAAAACUAUGCUAUCUCCAAAACAGCCAUGUGGUUUGCCGCCUCCGAACUCAGCAAACGACACGGAAGAGAUACUGGAGUGAUUAAUAUCGCAGGCAAUCCUGGAACAUACCUUACAAAUGCUUGGAGAACCACCCCGUCCUACGUAUAUUAUCCUUUCCGUCCACUUAUGAGAGAUCCAAUAUUCGGCGCUUAUACGUACUUAUGGAUGGGAUUGUCAGAUGAGGUCACGAUGGAGGACGCAGUGCAGGGAAGGUAUGCGAUUUGUAAUGGGCGGUGGCAUCCAGGGCAGAGAGGAGAUCUUGUGCUUGCUACUAGAGGAAUGGAAGAAGGGGGAACGGGGCAGGCGAAGGAGUAUAUGGAUUGGGUGGAAAGAAAAAUUGGAGCCUUUUUGAGAGUUUAGGAUCUAAAUAAACCUCGUGUAUGUUUAGUGAACGUAAAGACAAGUGGUAUAUUGCAACAUGAAAAAUGAUUUACAGACAUAUCUAAUUCACGAAAACUCGUACACCAAGACUCUCCGGGUG